AUGCGCACAAGGGGUGCACAGACGCACCGGAGCGCUCUCCGCCGCCGCCUGAGGUUUCCCCGGGACCGCAAUGGACAAGCUGCUGGGCUGCGCGCUCCUGGUAAGUCCCUGCAGGACGAGGGCUGCCGGCGCUCUGGGCUCCCAUCGACCUGCAGACCGACGCCCAGAGAGUGCCAAGCCCUCCCUUUCCUGGACAUCUCCAUCAAAUGGACCACCCAAGACACCUUUCCUCCAAAGUACCUUCACUAUGACCCUGAAAUGUCUCGUCAGCUGAUGUGUGACAAAUGCCCGCCUGGCACCUACCUAAAGCAGCAUUGUACUGCCAGGCGACAGACCGUGUGCGCCCCGUGCCCUGAUUACCACUACACCGACAGAUGGCACACAAGUGACGAGUGUCUCUACUGCACCCCGGUGUGCAAGGAGCUGCAGUUUAUCAAGCAGGAGUGCAACCGUACCCACAACCGCGUAUGCGAAUGCCAGGAAGGACGCUACCUGGAGCUCGAGUUCUGCCUGAAGCACAGAAGCUGCCCCCCUGGGUAUGGAGUGGCACAGGCUGGAACUCCGGAGCAGAAUACAGUGUGCAAAAAAUGUCCAGAUGGAUUCUUCUCGAACGAGACAUCCUCGAAAGCUCCCUGUAGAAAACAUACGAACUGUAGUGAAUUUGGUCUCCUGCUCAUUCAGAAGGGAAACGCGACUCAUGACAAUAUAUGUUCUGGAAAAAAUGAAUCGGCUCAAAAAUGUGGAAUAGAUAUAACGCUAUGUGAGGAGGCAUUCUUCAGGUUUGCUGUUCCUACAAAGUUGACCCCUAAUUGGCUCAGUGUCCUGGUAGACAAUCUGCCUGGCACCAAAGUCAAUCCAGAGAGUGUGGAAAGGAUCAAGCGACGACACAGCUCACAAGAGCAGACUUUCCAGCUGCUGAAGUUAUGGAAACGUCAAAAUGAAGACCAAGAUACAGUCAAGAAGAUCAUUCAAGAUAUUGACCUCUGUGAAAACAGUGUUCAGCGGCACAUUGCACAUGCCAACCUCACGUUCGGGCAGCUGAACACCCUGAUGGAAAGCCUGCCGGGCAAGAAGGUUGCUCCUGAGGACAUUGAGAGAACGAUGAAGGUUUGCAAAUCACAUGAACAGAUACUGAAGCUGCUCAGCCUGUGGAGAAUGAAAAAUGGCGACCAAGACGCCCUGAAGGGUCUAAUGCAAGGACUGAAGCACUUGAAAACCUACCGCUUGCCCAGAGCUGCCACUCAGAGUCUGAAGAAGACCAUCCGGUUCCUCCACAGUUUCACCAUGUACCGAUUGUAUCAGAAGCUAUUUUUGGAAAUGAUAGGGAACCAGGUCCAAUCAGUAAAAAUAAGCUGCUUAUAA